ACUCAGAUGACAGGUGGCGUAUUAUGCCGACGACCGUCUGUACGUAGGUCAGGUUCUUCAGUUUAGUAAUAAUACUUACUUAAAACCGAGUGUAUUUAUAUUAAAUAUUUUGCAGUCUUGGAUUCUUUUUUUAACUUGAAAGAUGCAGGCAUGUCUGUGGAGCAAAAUUUCACUCGUUUUGAAAGCAGCUGGAGUCCCAAGGAUACCUGUGAUACAGAAUCUGCCUCUUUUGUCAGUGUUAAAUAGAAGACAUUAUGCUACUGACACAGGAGAAGUAGACCUUGUGGUCAUUGGCUCUGGACCAGGGGGUUAUGUAGCAGCCAUCAAGGCUUCUCAGCUGGGAAUGAAGACAGUUUGUGUGGAGAAGAAUGACACUCUUGGAGGAACUUGUUUAAAUAUUGGCUGUAUACCAUCUAAGGCUCUUCUACAUAACUCCCACCUCUACCACAUGGCUCAUUCUCAAGAUCUGAAGAACAGAGGGAUAGAUUGCAGUGGUGUCACCUUAAAUCUUGAUAAGAUGAUGGAACAGAAAACAAAUGCUGUAAAAGCCCUCACUCAAGGAAUUGGUCAUCUUUUUAAACAAAAUAAGGUUUCGCACGUACAAGGACAUGGAAAAAUCACUGGACCAAACGAAGUAACGGCCUUAAAAAAAGAUGGAGGUUCGGAAGUGAUUAAAACAAAAAACAUUCUCAUUGCCACAGGAUCUGAAACUACUCCGUUCCCUGGUGUAGAGAUCGAUGAAAAAACCAUUGUAUCAUCAACUGGUGCUUUGAGUUUAGAAAGAGUUCCAGAGAAAAUGAUAGUGAUUGGAGCUGGUGUAAUUGGAUUAGAACUGGGUUCAGUUUGGUCAAGACUUGGAUCAGAGGUUACGGCAGUGGAAUUUUUAGGCCACAUUGGCGGUCUAGGAAUAGAUAUGGAGAUUUCCAAGAACUUUCAAAGGAUAUUGAUAAAGCAAGGUUUAAAGAUAAAACUGAACACCAAGGUGACUGCAGCAGUUCGAGAGGGCGAGAAAAUCAGAGUCAGCCUCGAGGCAGCGAAGGAUCCAAACAAAAAAGAAGAGGUGAGUUGGUAGUAAUUCGUUCAGACUUUUGGACUUAG